AUGAAGGCACCUGCAGCGCUUCUUGCCGCUCCUGGGUCUACCCCCGCCCCUUGCUGUCCCUGGCCACCGCCUCCUACUCCCCCUCCUUCUCUCAUCGCCGCGCUUGCAACUGCGCCUGCCCCUGGCACCCCCCCACCAAUCACGCUGCCGGUUGGAACCACCAUUCCCAUCGGCGUGCCCCCGCCUGACGCUACGCUCGUGGUGGCUCUUCCAAACAUGGCGCCUGGAGGGCUCCCGUUCAUCCCGCCCAGCAUUGCCGCCGCCAUGCCCAUGUUCAUGCCGCUGACAUCGGACGCAGAGAGCCCCGGCGGGUUGUUUCUGAUAUCUACCCUUGGAGGAGGAUAGCCCGCGCUCAUCCCGGGGAAAGAGUUUGUCACAACGCCGGCGGAGGUGCUGCCACCGAUGUUCCCGUUGUUACUCAUACUGCUGGCGUUCGUGCUAGAAGAAGGUAGUGGCAAGCGGCCGGCCACGAGGGGUCCGAUGGGAUUGCUGCCGUACGCCUGGCGAUUUGUAGUAGAAUGGAAUUGUGUGCUGUCGCCAACGCCGCCGCCGCCGCCGCCGCCGCCUCCACCCCCGCCGUCUU